GUUUGAUUUAACGAGAGAAAACGAGUGAAAGUGAAAAAAGAGAAACGGUAGAAAGUGCAGCGGCGGCGUCGUGUUGUUGAUCUUAAGUGCGAAACGAUGAAAAUGGGUUUGUGUUGUUUUCACAUGAAUGGGUGUUGUGUGUUUUCACUGUGAAGCCUCGACGUGUUGCCGCGGAGGAAGCCGCAGCUCCGCGGGAGGAAGAGGCGCUGCGAGGCCGCCAUGAAGCUCCGCGGAGCCGGGGAGCAGACACCCAGACAAUCCGUUUAAACCCGACUUGCUACUCACCUUCCGGCUCGGACCCGAGCCCGGCGUCCCGCGGCACACCCCGGGGCUCGGCAGGGGGGUGCAGGACUUUCACAGUGUGUGUUUUUCAGCGUGAAACCCCGGGGACUCAGGUCGAAACGGAUCCGACAAAAGGAGCUUCUGGUCCGGGAUGAAACUCCGCCCCGCGCCGCAGGGGGAGGAACUCCGGGGACCGCGAGAGGACAAAGGCGGAGGAUGAAACCAGAGACAGACCCACAAACACACAAACACACAACGCUUUUAUUCACAACAUCAGCAGCUUCACACACAUUAAAGAGCCGUUAAAGAGCCGGGCUCCAGAGGCUGCACCGCCGGUCACACCGGGCCCGGGGGGACAGCCCGGCUCCGGGUCCCGGGAGGAGGAACCACAGAGUCCCGGCGGCUGAGGCCUCCCUCCCCGGCUCCGGGUCCCGGGCCCCGGGAGGAUCAACCACAGAGUCCCGGCGGCUGAGGCCUCCCUCCCCAGCCUGGGGCCUCCCUCCCCGGCUCCGGGUCCCGGGCCCCGGGAGGAGGAACCACAGAGUCCCGGCUGCUGAGGCCUCCCUCCCCGGCUCCGGGUCCCGGGCCCCGGGAGGAGGAACCACAGAGUCCCGGAGGCUGAGGCCUCCCUCCCCGGCUCCGGGCCCCGGGAGGAGGAACCACAGAGUCCCGGCUGCUGAGGCCUCCCUCCCCGGCCUGGGGCUGCUGCUCAGCGGCUCGGAGGCGACAGAGAGGCCGCCUCCACACGGCGGACCUCCCGCUGACAGAGCACCGUCUGCCGGGUCGGAGCCCCCCCCCCCCCACCGGGGACGAGCCAAUCAGCGACCAGUCCAUACAUCCACCUGAUGAGACACCUGUCCCCCGGAAGUGUCCACAGGUGUGUAAACUGCGUUGACCCCAGCGGGCGUUGCCGGGGGCGAUGGCGUUGAUUGAAGGCGUGGGAGACGAGGUGACGCUGCUGUUCGGCGCCCUGCUGCUCCUCAUGGUGCUGCUGCUCGCCUGGAUCUCCACCCAGACCUCCGAGGCCCCGGAGCAGCUGUUCACCUCAGCCCCAGGCCCCGCCCCCUCACUGAGGACCGGCCCCAUCCACCAAGACACGCCCCCCACUGCCAGCACCUCCUCCUCAUCACCCUCCAGCUCUGUUAGUGACAGCUCUCUGACGGACGCUCCCACCGCCCCCCCGCAGGAGGAGAAGGACGAGCAGCGAGGAGAAGGGGCGGGGCUGGAGGGGGGGGGCGACGGUGUGAGGAACAGAGGGGGAGGGGAGGAGGCUCCGCCCUCUCAGAGGAACAUGGUCGUCAGACUGAAGUUUCUCAACGACACAGAGAGAACGGCUCAGGUGCAACCGCAGGACACCAUCGGAUACAUCAAACGGACCUACUUUGCGGGUCAAGAGCAGCAGGUGCGGUUGAUCUAUCAGGGUCAGCUGCUUCAGGAUGACGCUCAGACUCUGGCCUCUCUGAACCUCGUCCACAACUGCGUCCUGCACUGUCACAUCUCCCAGCAUGCCGGGCGGGGGGCGGCGGGGGGGCCGCGGCCCGCCGACCAGGUGGCUGUGGCCCUGAACGUGGGCAGCCUGAUGGUCCCGCUGCUGGCUCUCAUGCUGUCUGUGCUGUGGUACUGUCAGAUCCAGUACCGGCAGUUCUUCACCGCCCCGGCCACCGCCUCCCUGGUCGGAGUCACCAUCUUCCUCAGCCUCGUUGCCUUCGGAGUGUACCGCCGCUAGCUGCUCCCUGAUAGGCUGCUGGGAUGAUGUCAGCAGCCGGGUGUGGCGCACACUCGCACAUGCUCUCUCUGCGACCUCUGACCUCAGAGCCCAACAGGACUCGAAGCUGCGGGAGGACACAGACGCUGAUAGAGCUAAUGUUUGUUUUGUUUCUGUUGUCAUGGAGAUGGAGUGUAAACAAGGACUUCAAAUUUGUUUUUUUAAUCUUGUUUGUGUAGGCUCUUUACCUGUCUGUCUGCUCACCCGUCUGUCCGCUCACCUGUCUGUCUGCUCACCCGUCUGUCCGCUCACCCGACUGUCUGCUCACCCGUCUGUCUGCUCACCCGUCUGUACGCUCACCCGUCUGUCUUCUCACCCGUCUGUCUGCUCACCCGUCUGUCUGCUCACCCGUCUGUCUGCUCACCCGUCUGUCCGCUCACCCGUCUGUCCGCUCACCCGUCUGUCUGCUACCCCGUCUGUCCGCUCACCCGUCUGUCCGCUCACCCGUCUGUCUGCUCACCCGUCUGUCUGCUCACCCGUCUGUCUGCUCACGCGUCUGUCCGUUCACCCGUCUGUCCUCUCACCCGUCUGUCUGCUCACCCGUCUGUCUGCUCACCCGUCUGUCUCAUUAAAGCUUUUGAAGAGAGAAAUCUAUUAAACAUUAAUUUAUCUUGUUGUCCUAUCUUUUUUUUCCAGAAUGAUGAAAUCAGUGAUGACAUCAGACUCUCAUUAUAUAAUCACACAAAGCAGAAUAUAUCUUGAAGUUUGAAGUUUCUUAAAUCAUCAAAAGUCAUGUACAUGAAUCAGUGUUGAGCUCAGACCAAUCAGAUCAGCUGCCCACUGUGACAUCAUUAGUCCAGGUUUGUUGUGCGAGAUUUAUUUUAUUUAUCUCUGCAAUGGCGACACCUGGAGGCCGCAGAGGGCAACACGUCCCUCCGUGAAGACAACGCAAUCUUUGGUUUGCUGUCGGUGUUAAACGAUGUCCAGGUCCCUUCCAACGUGUCCAGCUAGUAACUUUCAACAGUGCGAUGUAAAGAACAUCUUCAGAUUCAUUACAAACGUUUUUACUCAACGGUGAACUGAUUACAGAGGUCAAAGGUCACAAUGAUUUCAUAGACAGAAACGGCUCUGAUUGGUGGAGACAAACGACCACAGUUCGAUGAUUCAGGUGAUUUAAAUGAAUUUAACGAGUUGUGAUUAUGAUGUUAAUGAUGAAAACAUUGUUCAUACAGUAUUUUAUCAGUUUCAUUAAAACAGUUCAAAGCAGUGAGACGUCUCUGCUUUGAUGAAACAGAAA